UUUCUCUUUCCCUCUCUUUAUUAAAUUCCGUACAUUUACAACCACAAACCCACUGAGAGAGAGAGAGUGCGAGUUUAGUAGUAAAACGAUAUUGGUUUUUUUUUUUCUCGGAACCCAAAGUCCCUACCUUUUAUUUUCUCUUUUUCAAUAAAAUUUGAACGAAAGCCGACGAACGAAAGCGCGUCAAAAUAGCUGGAAGCUGAUGACAGUCUUAUCAUCAUCAUCAUCUCCUUCUUAAGCUUCAGGCCUGACAUUUUGCAGAUUUAUUGUUGCAACUCUCUCUCGCUGCGAAUGACAAAUUGCUUGUUUAAGGCAAAAAGGAAAAAAUAGCUUUUUUCUCUGUACCCAUUUCUUUCCGUGUUGGAUCGAUCCAAAAUCUUGUCUACAGUCAGUGGAUCUGAGCUUCAUCAGCGGCGUAAGGAAAAGAAAUUUCGUUAAUAUUUCGCAUUCAACACAGGGUUGAAUUGUAUCUGUUCACAAUCAGAAAAAAAAAACAUCAUGGUUCGAGCUUAAAAGGCUGCUCUGUUUCUCAACAACCACCCAGUACACUCCCAGCGAGUUUUUGAAGCUCCAUUUUACGACGUCUUUCGCAACAGUAAAAAAUUAGUCAGUCUAAAAGCCCAUGAAAAUGGGGAAAUCAGCCACAACAGGAAGAGAGUGGACUCAGAUCUACUCGAUCUACGGCGUGGACCAAUGGCAGACCGUACUUUUCCUCCUGUUCCAAGCCAUUCUCUUCACCGUCCUCUCCGUCCUCUACCUCUUCUACUUCAACCCCAUCUGCCAUUUCUUCGAGCACCUCCUCUCCCUCGCCGCCGUUCCAAGCAGCGCCGCUCGCUUCGCCGCCGGCUUCUCAGGCUCCGUCACGGCGAUCUCCGCCAUCUGCCUCUUCUUCGCCUCCGCCAACUUCUUCUACUCCUCCCUCCCGCUCCAUUACGACAUGGCACAGCGGAUGGUCAACUCCGUCAACAACUGGUCAACGGUCAAACUGGCCCUCGACCUCGGAUGCGGCAGAGGGAUACUGCUAAACGCAGUGGCGACCCAGCUGAAGAAAGAAGGGAGUUCGGGUCGGGUCGUGGGUCUGGACCGGUCGAAGAGGACGACACUGUCGACGCUCCGAACCGCGAAGAUGGAAGGGGUGGGGGAGUACGUCACGUGCCGAGAGGGUGAUGCGAGGAGGUUGCCGUUCGGGGACAACUACUUCGACGUGGUGGUAUCCGCUGCAUUCGUGCACACCGUAGGGAAGGAGUACGGGCAUCGGACGGUGGAGGCCGCAGCUGAGAGGAUGAGGGUGAUGGGGGAGCUGGUGAGGGUUUUGAAGCCGGGUGGGGUCGGGGUCGUGUGGGACCUACAGCACGUGCCUGAAUACGUGCGGAGAUUGCAGGAGCUGAAGAUGGAAGACAUCAGGGUGUCGGAGCGUGUGACCGCCUUCAUGGCCGGUAGCCACAUCGUUUCUUUCAGGAAGCCUAGUCAGCACAUUGUGGGACCUGGCGAAGUCAGACUGGACUGGAGAUGCUGACGUGGAAAACAUGCUUUUUUAUUAUAUAAAUAUGAAAUAUAAAGAUGAUGAUAGUUUUACGUACUUUUUAAAAUCUUGUUAGCAGAGAUUUUGAACGAAAGAAAGAGAAAAAAAAGAAUGUGAAUAAAUAAAUAAAAAAAAAAUACUUUUUUUUUUAGUUUGAUCGAUGUUAAGUUGUAAUGUCUGAGGAGGCGAAGCUGACUCAGAUGGACCUAUUUGGGGUUGGUUGGGAAAAUAGAAAAUAUACUGUUUUGUAAGGUAGCUGUGUGAUAUGUAUAUGGACUAUGAAUUUUAUCAAAUGAGAUGUUUUUGUCAA